AUUUGACUUGACCGAGACACUUCUGUACCCAGUAUUGUAUCAUAUAAAUUAUGUCUAGCUACUUCCCGGAAAGACAAUUUAAGAAAUGACUAUUGCCGACUCGAGUCUAGCCUUGUUAAUCGACGGCGAUAAUGUCUCGCCAAAGAUCAUCGCCGGCCUCAUGGCCGAAAUCGCCAACUAUGGAACCGCCAGCGUCAGGCGGAUCUACGGGGAUUGGACCAGCCCGUCGCUUAAAGGCUGGAAAUCAUGUCUUCUAAAUCACUCAAUUACACCGAUUCAACAAUUCGCAUAUACGACAGGGAAGAAUGCAACCGACGGCGCUAUGAUCAUAGAUGCCAUGGACCUACUUUACACUGGCCGCUUUUCAAGCUUCUGCCUCGUAUCGAGCGAUAGUGACUUCACUCGCCUCGCAUCCCGGAUUCGUGAGCAGGGUGUCAUGGUAUAUGGCUUUGGAGAACGCAAGACUAGUAACGCUUUUGUUGCAGCCUGUGAUAAGUUUAUGUACUUUGACGUGCUGAACAUAGAGUUCGGAGAGCCAGAGAAACCACCCUAUGCCGCUGAGGCACCAAAGCCAUAUGGGAUACCGAUUGUAGUGCCUGAUUGGCCAAAAAAAGACCGAUCGAUUCAAAAGCACGUAUUGGAAUACGUCUGGCGAUCUCGAGCACAGGUCACGGCGACAAUUGGGCUAAUCUGGCUGAUGUUGGGAGUUAUCUGAUCAAGAUAUCUCCUGACUUGAAUGCGCGCAAUUACGGCUAUGAACGACUUCGUGAGUUUCUCGAAGCGUCGGGAAUGGUCGAGGUCAAGUUUAAGAAAAUGGGCGAUAAGCCUCCGAUAGCCCUGGUCAGCCUCAAAGAACAAUAGCAAGGGAGUAGAAACUACUGGGUUCAGCACUACAGUACAGUACCCGUCAACCAUGGGGUAACGAUUUCGCUCAUAAGCUUAUAUAAGAACAAGUAGAUGCUAGAGGGAUUGGCUACGACAUUCUGAGAAUAAGGCUAUCAUGAUAGAAUGAUAUGUUGCAUUUUUAGCAAAAAGGUGC